AGCAAUAAUCUAUCGUCGAUAUCUAGUAAAAAAUUCCCCAACGAGAUCUUACCUUCACUGAAUUGCCAACUCCAUAGAGACCAUUCAAAUCCUGCGAGCCCCCGGGUGGGGAAGAUAGUCUAUGGACUCCAAGAAAAGUCAGAAUAUACCCACGAUUCUUCGCCCCACACAGCCCCUCUUUUUGCCUUUCCAAUUUCCAUUUCUUUCGUUUCCUCCGUUCAUGUGGCUUCAGUUGAACGCCUUUUGUGCAUCUUCUUGGGAAAUUUCUCCAGCCCUGGUGGUGACAGUUAGCAAGCCGGACAAAAGGGUAUCGCUAGAAUUUUCCAUGCUCUUCAGCUGAUAUAAUAAUAUGAUGGUAACGAUAACGGUAAUUCGUGUGACAUCUCUGUCAUUCGGGACUCAAACGGGCUGCUGCUGAAUUGUGAGCGAGCUGGUCGUCCAUGGAAGAGGAGAGCUCUCAUGGAUGCUAUGGCGCCAAAGCUUGGAGGCCGGCGAAGACGUGGGCUUCGGCCACUGUUUUCGUUCUCUUCACGGUCGUCGUCGUCUCUGGAGUGUUCCUCUCUUGGAUAGAUAUCCCUACUUUUACUUUUCCAGGCGCUUCAAUUUCCGAAACUACCACCAAUGACAGCUCUGCCCAAUCAUCUCCAAAAACCCAGCCUACUUUUACUUUUCCAAAUGCUUCAAUUUCCAAAGCUACCACCAACGAAAGCUCUGCCCAAUCAUCUGCGAAAAUCGAGUUCCCACUCAAGUGCCCAAAUGCAACCACGAAGCAAACAUGCCCCUUGGAUUAUCCCUUGAAACACGAGACCGAGAACAUACACGCCGAGGUAUGUCCCGAGUACUUCCGGUGGAUCCACGAGGAUCUCCGGCCUUGGAAGGCCUCAGGAAUCACGAGGGAGAUGUUGGAGAGUAUUAAGAGUACUGCGCAUUUUAGGAUAGUGGUUCACAAGGGGAAAGUCUAUCUGGACAAGUUCGGGCCUGCAUACCAAACGAGAGAAGAGUUCACAUUCUGGGGGAUCGUGCAGCUCCUGAGGUUGUAUCCCGGUAAGUUGCCAGAUUUGGAACUGAUGUUCCAAUGCGAAGACCGACCGGCAAUCAAGAAGCAAGAUUACAAGGGCUCGAAAGCCACCAAGAUUCCGCCACUAUUUCAUUAUUGUGGACACCACACGGCGUUCGACAUUCCGUUCCCUGAUUGGUCCUUCUGGGGUUGGCCUGAAGUGAACGUAAAGCCAUGGGAAAGCACAUUAUCAGCCAUAAAAGAGAAGGCAGAGAUGAUCCCAUGGAAGGAUAGAGAGCCCUAUGCUUAUUGGAAAGGCAACCCUACUACGUCUCGAAGCAGGGGUGAGCUCCUCCAGUGCAAUGACAGCAAAAAAAUCGAUUGGAAAGCUCGCUUGUAUGACCAGGAUUGGGGUCGCGAAAUGGCCGAAGGAUUUAAGCAUUCGAAUCUAGAAGAUCAAUGCACUCAUAGGUAUAAUAUCUACAUUGAAGGAAUCGCUUGGUCGGUCAGUCAGAAGUAUGUUCUGGCAUGCGAUGCCAUGACUUUGCUGGUAAAGCCGGAGUACUAUGAUAUCUUCUCAAGAGGACUGAUCCCCAUGGACCAUUACUGGCCCAUUAGGCCCCACAAGAAGUGUAGAGAUAUCAAGUUUGCUGUGGAAUGGGGAAACGAACACCCUAAGCAGGCACGGAGGAUCGGAGAGAGUGGAAGCAGAUUCGUCGCCGAGAGCGUGAAAAUGAAGUACGUGUACGACUACAUGUUCCACUUACUCAGCGAGUACUCGAAGCUCCUGAAGUUCGAGACGAAGGUGCCACCGGGGGCGGUCGAGCUGUGCUCGGAAGAGAUGGCAUGCCCAUUUGGCGGCUCGAUCAGGAAGUUCAUGGACGAUUCCAUGGUGAUGUCCCCUGGCGAUGCGCUUCCGUGCUCGUUGCCACCUCCUUAUGAACCUCCUGAACUCCAAGCGCUCCUCGAAAGAAACGAGAAGGUGACUAGACAAGUGGAGAUGGGGGAGGCUCAACACUGGAAAGAUUUCAACAAACGCUCGUCCUCUUGGUGGUCUCGGAUGUUUCAUUUUUAGAUUGCAAAGGUGGACACUGACACGUUAGUUUCAUAGUCACUCCACUUAUGCCUUGAAAACGAUGAACCACAAAAGCGAGCAACUAGAUUGAGUUGACCUUUUGUAAGUAAAUCUCUCUCUAGGCGUACCUUGAAGCCACUUUCUUGUUGGUGAGCC